ACGGCCCCUUAGGGUUUCGAAUUUUUUCGUUCCUUUCAAUUUUCAGUUUCACUUCUCUUCCUCUCGCUACGUCUCAUCUCCCUCGGCAGGCGCUUCUCUUCUUCUCGCCCAUCUUCGCCGGUAGAAGUAAGUCGCCCCCCGUCCGUCCUCCGUGCUGCUGUUCGCCAUCCGUUGCUGAACUGCUGUCUUCCGCCGCCGCCGGCACGCCGUAGAGAGGUGGGUUAAAAUGGCUGAAGAGGACCCGAAACCGCUUGCAUAUAUACCAGAGGUUAUACUGAAGAAAAGAAAGAUCAAUGAAGAGACGGCACUGAGGAGAAAGCAGCAGUUGGAGUUAAGGAAGCUCAGUUCGAAGAAAAAUAAGGACGGUUUUAUUAAACUACCAGAGGAGUUUGUCAGAGAAUACCGUGCUAGGGAACUGGACCUUGUCAAAAUGAAGCACAGGACAAAGAGAAAAAGACAUGCCUUAGUACCAUCAAAUUCAAGAUUGAUUUUUAUAAUUCGAAUACAGGGCAAGAACGACAUGCAUCCAAAGACGAGGAAGAUCUUAUAUAAGCUCGGGCUAAGUCGGAUUUUCAGCGCAGUCUUUGCUAAGGCUAAUGAGAGUAUUCUGGGAAAGCUGCAAAGGGUGGAGCCGUACGUCACAUAUGGAUACCCGAAUCUUAAAAAUGUGUCGGAGCUGAUCUAUAAGAAGGGAUUCGCAAAGAUAGACAAACAAAAAGUUCCUAUAACCGACAAUAACAUCAUUGAACAGGCAUUGGGAAAGCAUGGCAUCCUGUGCAUGGAGGAUAUUGUUCAUCAAAUUGCCAAUGUGGGCCCUCACUUUAAGGAGGUAAUUUCAUUUUUAUGGCCCUUUGAACUUGACAAGCCAGGGGGAGGAGGACUUCAAGGUAAAAAGACUUUAUACAAGGAUGGUGGAGAUGCAGGUAAUAGAGAAGAUGACAUCAAUGAUCUGAUUAAUGAGAUGAAUUAGGGCUGAGAUUAUUUUAUUAUUAUUAUUAUUUUUUUGAAAAUUUAGAUUUUAAGAAAUUGUAAGCUAUAAUGAGUGUAACUUGUUCAACUCAUUUGCUUUGUUUUUUCUAUGGUAUUUCUAAUGUAUUUGAGAAAUUUUUAGACUACUAUAUUUUCAACCAUGGGAAUGGUACCAACCUCUUGUAAUAUU